AUGCUAAUAGCGCUACUCAUUGUACUCAUUGCGUUGACAGCCCCUUCAUCUGCAAUUUCGUUCUCAACUUUGUUCGGCAACAGUCAAUCCUCAACUUCCCAAGCCAGCGAUGUGGAUCUCUCUAACGGCACCGAUAUUAAAGUACGACAGCCUCUCCUCAAAGCCACAGACUGGUUCCUCACCGAACAAGAGAUCACCGACUCGCGGGGCGGCAUACCACGCACUGACUUGGCAGUUUAUACGACGGGCAACGCGGUGACAUCUUUCACAGUAACGAAAGAAUUCUACGACUCUGUCUACGACGACCUAAGUACGACGGAGGAAGGUGAUCGGGUCAUGCUUUCGGCUUUUGUGACCGCCCUCGUUCCAUUAAAGCCAGACGUCGAUGUUACUGGAGCCAGGACAGGGGUUGGUAAGGUAUUUACGGAUAUGGUAAAGCGAGGAACUAACGCAAACAUUCUCAACUGGUCGAAUAUUGGCUACAAGAUCUUCGCUACCAAGGCACGCGAUCUCAUUAACAACAUCCCGCCGUCUCCGAUCAACGGGGCCAAAGCAGUUUUCCUAUUUGAUGAUCGCGUCCGCAAUGUUGCGUCAGCCUACCACCAGAAAACUCUGGUACUUACAGCAAACAGCUCUUCAGACAUCGACUACCAGCCUGUGGCCUAUGUAGGAGGGUUAGACCUUGCCAAGGAACGUUGGGAUACCAUUUACCACAACAAUUCUGCACUUCGCGAUGCCAGCGGCAUCACCUUCAAGCGCAAAGGCUGGAUUGACGGCCAUAUCCGGAUCCACGGACCUGCAGCGAAGGAUGUGGCCAACAACUUUGUAGCUCGAUGGAACUCUGACUACUUACCCAGUCAAGGCCUGGUAGACGACCUUCUCGGUUUCGAGAACCCACCAUAUGAACAUAUCCCGCAGCUGAAUUAUGCCAGUAGCAAUGCCACCGGCAACCUCGGGAAACAGAGUAUUCAGAUCACUAGAACAUUCAGCUGCAAAUACAAGCACUACAAGGAAUUUGCUCCACGAGGAGAGAAUUCGCUCUUUCACGCACGUAUCAAGGCGAUCAAGAAUGCGAAGAACUUCAUCUACAUUGAAGAUCAGUAUUUUAUUUAUGUGCCGGAGCUUCUGGACGCGAUCAUGGAGGUGAUGCCGAAGAUUCAACACUUGGUUGUCAUUGCUAAUCCAGAAACAAAUCCGUUCACAAAGGGAGGAUACAUCAAGUAUCUGUACGAGAUGGUCUCACCGAUCCGAGAGAAAUACCCGAACAAGUUCAAGAUCUACACAGUAAAGGCUGACCUCGAUCUGAUCGUUCAUACUAAAGUUGUGAUCGUCGACGACGUGUAUAUGUCCGUUGGCUCGGCUAACUGGAAUCGUCGAAGUAUGACGUCGGACCCAGAGCUCAAUGCGGAGGUUGUGGAUGAUGAGACUGUGGAAUCUCCGGAAGGCGUCACUGUAGGCAAACUACCUCGUGACUUUCGCAUCCGCAAGUUCGUGGAAAUGACAGGGUUGAGCUACGAGGAACUUGAUGCCAUGACUUUCAUUGAAGCGGCGAACCAGUUGGCGCUAGCGGCGGCUGACGAGUCGACAAUACUGGAAAACUUGGAUAUUAAGCACCACGCUUACUUCUUCGCUAUCACCGAUACCAUCCGAAUGGUUUCAGAUCCACAGGAUACCUGUAUCUAUAGCUCUAAAUAAUCAU